AUGUUUGCUCGGACGAAACUGGUAGAUAAGUUCUUCAAGGUAGCCGACACCAUCAUGCUCCUCAUCGACCACCAACAAGGCACUCUCACCUUUUGCCGCAACAUCCCCUACAAGAUGAUCAUCCAGAACACGCGCACCCUCGCCCGCUUCGCCAAGGAGCUCAACAUCCCGGUGAUCCUCACCAGCAGCAUGGAGGAUCGCGCCCAGGGCCCGUUGAUCAACGACCUCAAGUGCUUACUGCCCAAAGAGUACGACGCUCGCAUCAAGCGCGCCGGGAUCGCCAACGCCUGGGAGGACCCGGUGUUCCGGGGCGCUGUUGAAGGCCUGGCGUGCGGGAAGAAGAACGUCAUCAUGGCGGGCUUGACGAACGAUGUGUGUAUUGCGUACCCGGCGGCCAGUAUGGUGGAGGACGGGUACAAUGUGCUGGUGGUGCAGGAUGCCGGGGGUAGUCCCAGUCGCAUGGCGGAUGAGAAUGCACGGCGGCUGUGGGAGAAGGCCGGGGCGCGGACCAUCACGGCCAAUGCGCUGGCGCUAGAGCUGGGGAGGGACUGGGCGUCGCCCGACGGGUCCAAGGUGAUUAAGGUCGUGAUGGAGGAGAUUGUCAGCAAACUGGAUGAAAUGGUCGCGCCGAAUCCGGUUAAGAAAUAA